AUGUGGCUGCGUUGGGGCAUAGCUCGGCAGGCCCUGCACACGUCCAGCUGUGUGCUGGCGAAAGGCAAGACAAAACCUGCCGUCAAGGCGCCUUCCCUGCUGCCGAAUGAUUGGGAGGCAGUGAUUGGCAUCGAGUGUCAUGCGCAACUCUUGGCGAGCACGAAACUGUUCAGCGCCGCGCCGCCACCAACCUUGGAUGCCGAGCCCAAUACAUGCGUUGCGCCCUACGAUGCUGGAUUUCCCGGCACGCUACCCAGUCUGCAGCCUGCUGCGGUCACCGCUGCAGUCAAAGCGGCACUGGCGCUGCGGUGUCACAUUGUACCCAUGUCUCUAUUCGACCGCAAGCACUACUUCUAUGCGGAUCUUCCGUUUGGCUACCAGAUUACACAGAAACGCCAACCUUUUGCGCACACGGGUGUCGUAUCGAUUAGCUAUGGGGACGGCUAUCUUUCCUCGGAGGACGCGGCGCUGGACGUGCCCAUUGAGCAGCUGCAGCUCGAGCAGGACACGGGCAAGUCCAUUUACGCCGCUACUGAUUCGGGGAGUCAUAUCAGCCUGCUGGACUACAAUCGUGCGGGCGUUGCCCUCGUCGAGAUUGUCAGUGCGCCGGUGCUGCGCACGUCCGAGCAGGCUGGUGCCUACGUGCGGAAAUUGCGGCAGCUUCUGCGGUGCGUGGGUGCAUCCAAUGGCAACAUGAAUGAAGGAUCUCUGCGCUGCGAUGCCAAUGUAUCGGUACGUCGCAAAGGCGAGCCGCUUGGGACGCGAUGUGAGAUCAAAAACUUGAACAGCGUCAAGUUCAUGAUGCAUGCGCUGGACUAUGAGAUCCAGCGGCAGUACACUCUAUUAGCUCGUGGCGAAUCUGUUGUACAAGAAACGCGCGGCUUUGACGAGGCGAAUGGCACCACAUAUGCCAUGCGCGACAAGGAAGCCAGCUUAGACUACCGCUUCAUGCCGGAGCCAAAUGUCGGCCCACUGCGGAUUGCCAAGGAGCGAAUCGAGGCGGUGCGCGUGGCGCUACCCGAACUUCCCGAUGCGCGCCAUGCGCGCCUGAGCGACCAGUAUGGUCUAUCGAUGCGCGACAUUAAUGUGCUGAUGCGUCUGAAUGCAGAGGACGACACAACAGACCCCUUGGACCAGGAGGUCAAGCACGCUGCCUAUGCGCAUGUCCCCAAUGCCGUGGACUACUUUGAGGUCCUCGUUCGGAUGGGCUGUGUACCCCAAGCCGCAGCAAACUGGACUAUCCAUCUGCUACCGAAGCAUCUGGGCGCCGUGAACCUGCCGUUCUCCCUCAACCCACUUCCUCCGGUGGUCGUCGCGGAGCUAGUCCACAUGAUUGACGAGGAGCUCAUUACGCAAUUUACUGCCCAGAGCUUAUUGCGCGAGUUUAUCCAGGCGCGCAGCUUUCCCAUGACCCCAUCUGGCGAACUGGCCCUGCGCUCGCACGUCCAAGCGCAUGCCUUGCACCGCUUGCAGCACGAGGAGCUAGCACCGCUGUGUGCCGACGUGGUCGCCCGCUUCCCCGAUGAGGUCUCUGCGGUUCAAAAGGGCAAGGAAAAGGUGCUGAUGCGUCUCGUAGGUGAGACGAUGCAUCUCGCUGACGGACGUGCCGACCCGGCGCAGCUGACCGCGGUGCUGCGUCAGGAGGUGGCCAAAGCGUAA